UCCAGUGCCUCUCCCUGUAGGCAUGGCGCUGUCCUGGGCCCUGGCUGUCCUGAGCCUCCUUCCUCUGCUGGCAGCCCAGAGCCCCGAGUGUGGCAACCUCACGGCGAAGCACAUCACCAAUGCCACCCUGGACCAGCUCUCUGGCAAGUGGUUUUACAUCGGCUCGGCCCUCCGCAACCAAGAGUUCAACCAGUCGGCUAGGACAAUCCAGGCGGCCUUCUUUUACUUUGACAUCAACUCUACAGAGGACACAAUACUGCUCAGGGAGUACCUAACCAUAGGGAGCCAGUGCGUCUACAACACCAGCUUCUUGAGUGUGCACCGGGAGAACGGGAGCCUGUCUAAGCACGAGUUCGGCAAAGAACAAUUUGGCUACCUGCUGCUCACCAAGGACCCCAAGACCUUCAUGCUUGCCUUCUCCCCGAAAGACGAGCAGAACAUGGGGCUGUCCUUCUACACUGACAAGCCACAAGCGACCCAGGAGCAAAUGAAUGGGUUCCAUGAAGCCAUCACGUGCAUGGGCUUACAGAAGUCGGAAAUCGUGUACACUGAUGAGAAACAGGAUAUGUGUGGGCCUCUGGAGAAACAGCACAAGGAAGAAAAAGAAAAGCAGAAGGAAAACGAGGGGUCAUCGGAUGACAGAGCAUUGGGUUAGGAGCUCAGGGACUCUGGGGCCCUUCCUCAGCCCGAGGCCCGCCCUUUGUACCUCAGGUCUUUGUCUCAGCGGCAUCAAUAAAGCUUCUGCAUUUGAAGCAGG